CCGCGCUAAUAACGUAACGGCAGGCAGGCAGGGUCCUGACUAGGGCAGCACUGGCUAGCCUUCCUCCAACAGGUCCACACACUUUUUUGAGGCAUGGGGGAACCACCGCCCAAUCCUGACCCUUCCCAAACCCGGAGGUCUUCCCAAGGCUCAGAAAGGGCACGGAGUCGAGAGUACUCGCAGCCUAUGUUACCUAUCCCGGAAGAUGGGUUGCAGCGACCACCUCCGCAGCGGGGCAGUCGGAGCAGUCAGGGCAGUCGGGGCAGUCAGGACCUUCAGGGAACUGGCCUACCCAACUGGCCACAGAGGUCCAGCCUGGUCCAGGAUGCUCAGGGUGAAGAAGGCACUGAGUACCACCCGUCCAUGACCUUAGGCUACCCGCGAGGCUUUCCCAUGGAGUUCCCACAAGAGGGUUACCUGGAUGAUAGGAUGAUGCAGCAGUUCCCGCAGGGCCAGGGCCUCUUAGAACAACUGGAGUCUACCUACCAAGACUCAGCCUCCGGAAUCCUGGGCCAGUUGAACUUGUACCCGAGAGAGGAAGAGGCAUUCAGCCAGCCCACGCAGCACGGACCCUACCUGAGGGACGACCCCACCCUCCACUUAGAGCCCUCUGACCUAGGCUUCAUGCCCUUUGUUGGAGAGGUGCCUGACCCCGAGCCUCGUGAGCUGGCAAUACAGAAUGCCAAGGCCUACCUGCUGCAGACCAGCGUGAGCUGCAACCUCAGCCUGUAUGAGCACCUGGUGAACCUGCUGACCAAGAUCCUGAACCAGCGCCCUGAAGACCCCUUGUCCAUCCUGGAGUCUCUGAACCGCACCACGCAGUGGGAAUGGUUUCACCCCAAGCUGGACACGCUGCGGGAUGACCCUGAGAUGCAGCCUACCUAUGAGAUGGCCGAAAAGCAAAAGGCUCUUUUCAUCAGGGGUGGAGGAGAAGGUGAACAGGAGAUGGAAGAGGAGGUGACUGACAGCCCGGUGCCCAACAUCAUGGAGACUGCCUUCUACUUCGAGCAGGCGGGCGUGGGGCUAAGCUCGGAUGAAAGCUUCCGAAUCUUCCUGGCCCUGAGGCAGCUGGUGGAGCAGCAGCCCAUCCACAUUUGCCGCUUCUGGGGCAAGAUCCUGGGCCUGAGCCGCAGCUACCUGGUGGCGGAGGUGGAGUUCCGCGAGGGCGAGGAAGAGGGAGAGGAGGAAGAGGUGGAGGAGAUGAUGGAGGGAGGCGAGGUUAUGGAGGCCCACGGAGAAGAGGAAGGAGAGGAGGAUGAGGAGAAGGUGGUAGACCCGGUGCCCAAGCCACAGUGGAAGCCUCCGCCCGUCAUCCCCAAGGAGGAGAGCCGCAGCGGCACCAACAAAUACCUGUACUUCGUGUGCAACGAGCCGGGCCGCCCGUGGACGCGCCUGCCGCACGUGACGCCCGCGCAGAUCGUGUGCGCGCGCAAGAUCAAAAAGUUCUUCACCGGCUUCCUGGACACGCCGAUCACCAGCUACCCGCCCUUCCCGGGCAACGAGGCCAACUAUCUCCGCGCGCAGAUUGCGCGCAUCUCCGCCGCCACGCACAUCAGCCCGCUGGGCUUCUACCAGUUCGGUGAGGAGGAGGGCGAUGAGGAGGAGGAGGGCGGCGCAGGACGCGACUCGUUCGAGGAGAACCCCGACUUUGAGGGCAUCCCCGUGUUGGAGCUCGUGGACUCCAUGGCUAACUGGGUACAUCACACUCAGCACAUCCUGCCUCAGGGGCGCUGUACAUGGGUGAACCCAUUGCAGAAGACAGAGGAGGAAGAAGAGCUAGGGGAAGAGGAAGAGAAGGCAGAUGAGGCGAUGGAGGAAGUAGAGCAGGAGGUUGGUCCUCCACUUCUGACUCCACUCUCAGAGGAUGCAGAAAUCAUGCACCUGUCGCCCUGGACCACCCGCCUCUCCUGCAGCCUCAGCCCUCAGUACUCGGUGGCCAUUGUGCGCUCCAACCUCUGGCCAGGGGCCUAUGCCUACGCCACUGGCAAGAAGUUUGAGAACCUGUAUAUUGGCUGGGGUCACAAGUAUAGCCCCGAGAACUUCAACCCAAUGUUGCCAGCUAUGAUUCAGCAAGAGUACCCCAGCGGCCCCGAAAUCAUGGAGAUGACCGACCCCACAGUGGAGGAGGAGCAGGCCCUGAAGGCUGCUCAGGAGCAGGCCCUGGCAGCCGCCGAGGAAGAGGAGGAGGAUGAGGAAGAGGAGGAAGAUGAGGACCUGGAAGACUGAGGCCCAAAAGCUCCUUCCCACAGUCCUUCCCCUUAUUCGUAGCAACAGAUUAUAUUUUUCCUAUUAGUUUUGUUCCCUGCCCUUGAAGGACACAGGUAAGAGACCACCCAGUGCUCCAAAUAAAACUCCCACAGCACA